GUUGAAUGUUUGCAUAUGUCUAAUUGAAAUAAUAUUGAGUAAUAAAAACAAUGUACCUUUAAAAAAGAACACCUCACUUUAAUUGUGAAUUCUUGACAAAUGUACUCAAUCAUUAUUGAAUAUCAUCAGUUCAAUUUAGGUUCUAUAAUAAAUGGAAUUCACUACUAUUUUACUCUACUAACCAAUGUUCUAUGAUAUUUACAGACUAUUAACCAAUAAUUCCAUAUCAGAAUUUACUUUUUCUUUUUUUUUGGAAGAAAAACAUACGUCUUAGCAACUAUUUAAAUUAAACAAAAAUAAAGUAAUAGUUAGUGACUUUUCUUGUGUUUUUUUCCCUCUCCCUCUUUCUCUGUGUCUGUUACUCAUUUUGAUUAUUGAAACUCAUUUUAAUGACGUUGAGGAAUUAUAUUUGUGGAUUAUAAACAAUAAAUUCAUUGGAUUACUGAAAUACUACUAAUAUUGUCGUUAUUAUUAAUAUUAUAACGUAUUAUUCUCAUCCAUAAUUAAAUGCUUAUCAUGACAAGGAGAAUGUAAACAUAAUGUUUAAACAUUUAAACAAUAGUGACUAUUUGGAAUAAUUAUGACAGAUCAGGGAUAUAUUAUGUUAUUCUCACAAUAUUCAUUAUUGACAUUAUCAUCAUAUAUUAAUAUUAUUAAUGUUAUUAUUACUAUUACUAUUAUAAGUAGUACAUAUCAUUCAACUAUAUCAGCGACAUGGAUUUGUUUAAGUCGUGAACAAUUAAUUGCAUUAUCAAAUUCAAAAAAUACUUAUCGUUUUGAAGCGGAAAUUAUUCAAUUAGAUAAACCAUCAGAAUUUAUAAAAAAACAUACUACUGAUAAUGUUCAUAAUAUUGGUUUCAAUGCAUUUGUUAAAAUAAUUAAAAUUUUAAAACAACCACAAAUAAGUAAUGUAUCGAAUUAUCUUCAAAUUAAUGAAUUAGUUUAUGUGAAUCAAAUUAAAUCAAAAGAUUUACAUGAUUUAUCUAUAAGAGAUAUAUCAGUUCACAUGAAUAUUGAUAAUGAUAAUGAAAAAUGUUUACCAAAAUUAGAAAGAGGUAAAACUUAUGAAUGGAUUACAUAUGCUCCAGAAAAUACUAAUAUAUUACAUAAUAUGGAACAAAAACAAUUGAUCUUAAUGCCUGGUGGUAUUUUUCCAUUGUUAUCACAUCAAUCUCAAAUACAAUUGGAAUCAAAUAAUAUUAAUAAUUUAAAAAGUAAUGGUUGUUCCAAACGUGAAUGUCGUUUUGGUGCAAUCUGUGAAGAAUGGUUAUCAAAAGAUUCUGAUCAACUCAUUGGUGUUUGUGUAUGUCCAACAUUAAUGGAUAUGGCAAAAAAUCAUAUGUGUAAUAUGAAUAGUGGUACAAUAUGUACAGUUAAUGGUUUAUUUUAUUUAAAUGAAUGUGUUAUGCUACAUCAAGCUUGUUUAAAACAAACUGAAAUGAAACCAAUGAAUUUAAAUGUUUUCAGUAGAAUAUUAUCUCAAAAUGAUUGUACUCAAUUAAUUGAAAAAAUGUCUAUAUCUGCUAUUCCCUCUUCGUCUUUACUUAUCACUAAUGAUCAAUCUUUAACAACAAACAAGAUUAUUUCAUCAUUGAAAUCAAAUGAACAUUCUAUUCAACAAAAUAUUCAACAGAUUAAAAAUGAUGAAAAUCUUCAACAUGAUUCACCACAUUUAUCUCAAUUCAUUAAUCAUUCACCACUCAUAGAAUUUAAUUCAAUUAAUAAUAAUCAAUAUAAAUGUUCAUUAACAAUAUGCUCAAAUGAAUUAAAUCCUAUUUGUGAUACAGAAGGUACCAUUUAUAUCAAUGAUUGUUUAUUAAAAAAAUAUUUUUGUCAAAAAAUCAAUAAUGGUGAAUUCCCAAAAAUCAUUUCAUGUAAUUCUACAAUACAAAAAUAUAAACCUAAAGCUGAAUUAUGUGGAAAUGGUAAUAUAUGUCUUUAUGGAGGAAAAUGUUAUGAUCCAUUAGAUCAUUAUUAUCGAUCAAAAAUGAUAAUAAAAAAAUUUUCACCAUUAUAUUCCAAUUGUAUAUGUGAACAUAUUAAUUGUUUAAAUGAAUGGCCUGAUCCAGUAUGUGCAGAUGAUGGUGAAACUUAUACAAAUCAAUGUUUUUUAGAACGUGCAAUUUGUGAAACUCAAUCAUUAAAACGUAUAAUUUAUCGAGGAAAUUGUGCAUCUAAUCCAUGCUUACAUCAUAAAUGUCGAUGGCAAGGUGAAAAAUGUCAAGUUGAUAUAAAUGGUCAAGCUAAAUGUACAUGUCCAGAACCUUGUCCAUCGGUUGUAUCUCCAGUCUGUGGUAGCGAUGGAGUAACUUAUGAUAGUACAUGUCAUUUAGAAAGAACAGCAUGUCAAAAAAUGAGAGAAAUUCGUGUAAUUUAUUCAGGAGAAUGCAGUAAGCCAAAUGAUUGUAAACUGCUUAAUCAACCAUGCCAAGGAUAUGAAAUAUGUUCUCGCAUUAAAAAUCCAAUGGUUUACACUUCAAUCAACGGUAAAUUGGAUGCAUCCGUUUAUGACCUUUCAAAUUCUUUUGACGAUACAAUUCCACAGUGUAUAUGCCCUACAUGCCCAGAAUAUGGUCUAGGUGGGCAUGUAUGUGGAUCAGAUGGACAAACAUAUCGUAGUGAAUGUCAUUUACGAUCAAGCGCUUGUCAACGACAUUCCACAGAUUUAACUGUUAAAUCAAGAGGGAAAUGUGAUGCAUGUCAAACCAAACAAUGUAAAUAUUAUGCAAUAUGUCGAUUAAGUGCAUUCGGUGAACCACAAUGUAUAUGUCCAACAGAUUGUCUUUAUGUCAGAAAGCCAGUGUGUGGAACCGAUGGUAAAAAUUAUGAAAAUGAAUGUUUGCUUAAGGUGAAAUCAUGCGCUGACCAACGUGAAGUUCAUGUUGCUCAAGAAGGAUACUGUCGUCCAUGUACAGCUGGUUGUCCACUAGGUUUUCAGUGUCGUAAUGGUCAAUGUGUAUGUCGAGAUACAUGUCCACCAAAGCAUCCAACUGAACUUGAUGUAUGCGGUACAGAUGGAAAAUUGUAUUCAAGUGAAUGUGAACUUAAACGUCAAGCUUGUAUUCAACAAACUAAUAUAGAUGUAGAUCUAGCUGGUGUCAGAUGUCGAAGUAAAAAUCCAACUGUUCUACAAGAUACAAAUAUGAAAACGUCAGGUAACAUACAAGCAGAUGGUGUAAGACUAUCCAGUUGUACAUGUAAUAAACUUGGUGCACUUUCUGAAGAAUGUGAUUAUUUAGGUAAUUGUAGAUGUAAAUGGGGUGUUGGCGGUUUAAAAUGUGAUCAAUGCCUUGCAAAUUAUUGGGGUAUACAAAAUAAUCAUGAAUGUAUUCCAUGUUCAUGUCAUCCACUUGGUUCAACUGAGACAACAUGUAAUCAAGCAACUGGUCAAUGUAACUGUCGUACUGGUGUUGUUGGACGACAAUGUUCAAUGUGUCCAGAUGGUAGUCAAGUGACAGAAAAUGGUUGUAGUGUUAAAAGACAAAGUGAAGAUAUCAAGUUUGAAAGUGAUGAACAACAACAUUUACUAAAGGCAACUGAAUUGAAUCAAACUAACACAUUGAUUUCCCAAUUACCCGACAAACUAAACGCAGAAAAUAACAACGAGGAGGAUGGACGAUUAUUUACCGAAACAACUACACUUCUUGCUCGCAUACCAUUUCAUAUCGAUCAACCAACUGAAAUACAAAUGAUUUUAAGUUUAGAUAAAGGUAAUGGAAUGCUUUUACAUUAUCGUGCACCUCCAAGUGAACAGGAACAAAUGAUUUUACGUGAUACACAAGAUCAUCAAUUCAGUAUGGCUAUUUCUAACUGGAGAGUUGUGUUAAAAUAUAUUGAUGGUGGUGUUCCAAAUCGUAUCCUACUUGUUUAUAGUAAACAUAAUCUUACACGAAAUACCAAGCAUAAUAUUCAAGCGGGUAUUGUAUCAGGUAAACCAUGGAUAAAAAUUGAUAAGUUCAGUAGAACAACUAAUCAAGAUGUAAUUGAGAAAUGGGCUGAUACUCAUCAAUCAGAUAAUCAACCUACAGUUGGUAGUCUUGAGACUAUAGUAAUUGGACGACAAAUCAAAAUAGGUAGUCGAAGUAUUUCAGAUGUGAAAGAACAUACUGAUAUUCAUGAAGAUUAUGGAUUUUCUGGAUGCUUAAAUAAAAUGAUUAUUAAUGCUGGUUCACCAAUGAAACAGUUUAAUUUAGAUCUUUUGGAAGCUAUAAAUACAAAAUUAGCUUGGUUAGGAAUUGAACCUAACCCAUCAACAGGUCAUAGUGAAGCACCAUUAUGUUCAUCAUCAAUUAAAGCAUUAUCAUCAAUUACAAAUGAUAUAUCUAAUAGUGAUAUCAUUGAAAAUAUUCCACCUUUACUACAAUCAGAUCAAGUUCAAAGACAUGAUAAUGUAAUUAAUCAAAACGUCCAAACAUUAUCUAGUCACAUUCAAACUAAAAAAUGUGAAAAUUAUGGAAUUGGAUCAAUUGGAUCAGAUGGAAAAUACACGUGUAUCUGUCAGCCUGGAUGGCAAGGUGAUGUAUGUGAACAGGCGGUAACUAUUAUACCACAGUUUUCUGGAAAUGGAUUUAUUCGUUUAGCUGGUCCAACUGGAAAACAUGCAAUAAAACGCAGAAAGUUACAUAUUGAAUUAAUUUUCUUAGUUACACAACCAUCAGGUUUACUACUUUUAAUUCCACCUAAAUCUCCUCAACAUGGUCCAUUUAUAGCAGUUUAUUUAGAUGAACAGAAUUAUUUAAAUGUUGUCUGUCGAACUGGUACUGGUAAAGGAAAAUUAGUCAAUGAAAAUAUUAUCCAAUUAAGAUAUAAUAAACCAGUAUCAUUAAAUCAAUGGAAUACUUUAAUUAUUGAUAAAUUGCAAAAAAUACUACGUGUUAAAAUGAAUAGGAAUAGAAGACAACGUGUAUCACUUAUCCCAUCACAAUUUAUUCACCUACAAAAUCAGCUUCUAAAAGAGUUAACUAAUUUCGAUUUAUCUUCAAGUCCAAUCUAUCUUGGUGGAUAUAAUUUUUAUGAUCAAACAACUUUAAAUUAUAUACCGAUUAGAAAUGGUUUACAUGGAACAAUUCAAAGAAUUAACAUAAAUGAAGCAGAAGUUGUACUAGCAGGUCCAUCUCCUGCAGAUAUGAUGAAUACACCGGAGGAACAAGGUAAAUUACCACAUUUAUUCGAAAAAUGGGCAAAUGUAUCUCAAUGGCAAGGUUUACCAUGUGGUCCACAAUAUUCACCAUGCCAAUUGGAUCGACCAGAUAGUAUAUGUCGUCCAAAUAUUGAACAUGCCACAUGUGCUUGUACAACACCAUUACAAUUGAUGCAUCUUAUGAAAGGACGAUUAGAUGAAGAAACUAAUGAAGUUGAACAACAAGCUUGUUUACAACGAAAAAUGGAACUAUCUAGGUUAAAUUCGGCAUUAUCGUCCAGAAAUGACGGUCAGUUACAAUACGAUGGUCCAAAUCGUGCACCUUCAAGAGAAAUAUACAAUGAACCAGAUGAAGAACUGCCACCAGUUGAUCCAGCAAGAGAGAUUUUAAUCAACUUCGGUGGUUUAACAGUUUAUAAAUAUCGUGGACUUAUAAGAUUCACGUCAGAUUUUAAUAUUCGUCUCCGUCUACGGACAAAUAAAAUGGAUGGUUUAAUUUUAUUAAUGGUUGAACAAGAUUCAUUGAAUCCUCAACAUGAUCUAUCAUCGUCAUCAUCAUCAAUUUUAAAUCAACCAGUAACACAAAUUACAACUAAUUCAGAAUUUGUAUCAAUCGUAUUACGUAAUGGUCGUGUUGAAUUAUUAUUGAAUUUAGUUACAUCAAGAAAAAUGAAAGAUCAAUCUUGGAAUAUAAAUAACAAUGAAAAUGAUAAUCCAAUAUUUAAUCGUCUUAUGCCUAUUCAAGCAAGACAUAAAGUAAACGAUGGUGAAUGGCAUAUGAUACAAGCUAUGGGGAAUAAACAACGAGCAACCUUAUUCGUUGACAAUCAUAUGGUUUCUGGUGAAUUCACAGGUAUUUCAGAUUAUGAUACUCCCCCGGUGAGAGAUGUCUAUCUCGGUGGAACAUUAUUUAAUAUUAUUGGAUUAUCAAAUGAUUAUCAACAAAAUUUCACUGGUUGUAUUGCUGAUAUGCUUAUUCAAGAGAAAAUUAUACCAAUUUUAUCAGAAGCAACAGAAAUACAUGGUCCUAUUGAAAGAUGUAAAACAUCAUGAAAUAAUAAUAUAAACAAGCAUAUUUUAUUGAAUGUGUUCAAUAGGAAAAAAAUUAUUAAAAUUUAGAUAAUGAAUUAUUUAUUUGUAAAUGAAAAUGAAUCUACAAAAACUAGAAUGAAUCCUUUGUGGUUGUAUAAAUAAAUAAACACAUCAAUUAUUUAUUCAUUUUAUUAAAGUAUGAUGCUUAGGGUAAAAUGUCAACUCAUAAUAUUUUAUUGAUAUCUUCAAGAAAAUAAUCAAUACUUUCCGUUGAUUUUUCUCUUCCCUCCCCCCCCCACUUUCUCUCUCUCUCUCCCUCUCUGUAGUUCAAUGAGGAUUAUCUUUCGUUGCUUAUGUUAUUCGUUUGUUUGUUGUUGUUGUUCUUUCAUUUUGAUCUAUCCAUUUUUGUUGUUGUUAUUGUUGUUGCUCAAAAUUUCAAUGUUACAAAUAAUUUAUUGAACUCUUGAAUCCAUUUCUAAACAUCAAAUAUUUAAAAAAUAUAUAUAUAUAUUGAUUUUUUGUUCUAUUUUAAAUCAAAUUAGAUUUUUCAAUAUUGCCAUAGCUACAAAUCAAAAUCAAAAUUGAUUAUGUAAUGUGGAUUUGUUUAAAUUAUGCAAUCAUUCAUUAUCAUAUAUAUAUUAGUGAUUUUUUUUAUUAUAAAAAAACCUUCAUAUCACGCACAAAUACUGUAAUUGAACAUUUGCACAAAUAGAUAUUUAUAUUAUCAAAUUACUUAUUAUUAUAAAACAAUUUACUUUGUCAUAAUAAUUUUGGCAUAAAUAUAUACCAUAUACCCUAUUUUACAUAUUAAUUAUAUAGAUUUUAAUAUUUUCAAUGUCAUAUUCAUGAUCAUCAUAAUAUUAAAUAAUUUAAAAAAGAAAGAUUUAAUUUCAUGUUAUCAGAAGGGGUUUUUUGUGGAGAUUUUAAUAAUUUCAAUGGUUGAGAUCAUGAGUCAGUUGAAGUUAGAACAACAAGAAAUACUUGAAAGCAUUGGAAGGCCGUUUCGACCUAGUAUGGGACUCCAUAGCAAUGCGCAUCUACGAUCCCGCUCCCCACGAGAUCCGAAUCCAAGACCUAUCAGUCUUGCGCGCGGGCGCUUAAACAUUAGACCAGUGAGCCGGCCAGCAUCCAAUGGUGGGAUCGUGGAUGCGCACUGCUGAGGAGUCCCAUACUAAGACGAAACGGUCAUCCUCUGUUUCCAGGUUUUCCAUGGUGGUCUACCUUCAAUUGACUCAUCAUUUUAACCAUUAAUCUCAUGUUGUUUAUCGAGGGAUUCAUGAAAAAUAUCAAAAU